AUGGAUAAAUUGGCUCGCGGGUACCGAGCCAAGAAUGGCGGGUAUCAUGUGAAUGAGUUGAAUGGGGUUAGAGUCGGGUUGAAUUCCGAGACCCUUUUGAUUAUUAAGCUGCCCGAUUCGCGGGCGUUAAGCAUUAUAUCGCGAUCUCUGUUCUUGGCGAUGGUUCUUCUCGCAUUACCUUCGCUUGGCUCUAUGAUAAGGGCGGCUUCCAAUGCGCCGCUGUUCGAGCCGGAUGCCAAUUUGGGUUUUGCUGAUGGAUUUGAUGUUCUGCCGAUUCUCCUCCGGGAUUUGGUGGAAGAAGGCCUCAUAAAGAAAGGCCACAAGGGUUUCGUUCUGGCCACCAGCAUGCCAGAAACUGAAGAUGAUUUCGAGUUCUUGAAAAACGCCGGCAUUGAUUUGCUCACGGGAGCUGAUCUGCGGCGGAGGAAGUUGGGUGAGCACCAGGUGUUUGAUUUUGCUUUCAUGCCGAGUUUCCAUGGGAUCCAGCUGAUUGAUGGGGUUCUCAAAGAUGGCGGCCUGGUGAUCUCACCAUUGGACCCUGAUCCCUCAGGCGAGCUGAGAUUGCUCAGAAAUUUCAAGAUCGUGUACCUCAGGAGAUUCCAGAACACCGUGAUCGCAAUGCGGAAAGCUGGGGCAUCGCUGAAUAGCAUGGUGAGUUCUGCUAGGAAGCAAGCAUUCUGCGGCGUUACACCUGAGAAGAAGAGAGCUGCAUUGAAGGGCUUGGAGGACGUGUACCUCGAGCCCCCCAGGCAAGCAGCAUUGGUGCAAAGUUCAAGGAAAAUCAAAUUCCUUCCUGAUCUCUUGAAGGAUUCAUUGGAGGAGUAUCCACGACGAAUAUUCAUCUCAGACGACUUGAGUGCUGUAGACUGGUUUUACAAGAACUAUCCCAGGGGGCAUCAAGAAUUUGAGGUUUAUAAUAUGGAGGUUGAGAUCAACAAAAAUGGAUUGUCCAAAAGAGUUGAGUCUCAAGAAACAGCUGUAUCAAAUUGGAUAACGAAGAAGGUAAGGCAUGAGGACUAUGUCGUGAUGAAGGCUGAAGCAGAAAUGGUGGAGGAGAUGCUCAAGGACAAGACUUUAUGUCUUGUGGAUGAACUGUUCUUGGAGUGCAAGAAUCAAUGGCAGCAGGAUGGAGAAGAGGGAAACGGCGGCAAGAGGGCAUAUUGGCAGUGUCUAACAUUAUAUGGCAAAGUGAGGGAUGAGGGGAUUGCUGUGCACCAGUGGUGGUAUUGA